GAUAAUGGGUGGAAAAGAUGGAAUGUUCAGAUAUGCUGAUGGGGUGGACAAGUUGUUGAUGUUGUUGGGGACUUUGGGUAGUAUUGGAGAUGGGUUGCAGACCCCUCUCAUGAUGUUCGUUCUUAGCAACGUGAUCAAUGACUAUGGCGACAUCAAUAUCAAAGUCACUACAGAUACUGUAAACAAGUAUUCACUCAGACUGCUCUAUGUUGCAAUUCUAGUUGGAUUAUCUGCUUUUGUUGAAGGACUUUGUUGGGCAAGAACUGCUGAAAGACAGGCUUCUCGGAUGAGAAUGGAAUACCUGAAAUCGGUCCUUAGACAAGAAGUUGGUUUCUUCGACACCCAAGCAGCUGAAUCUUCAACAACUUACCAAGUUGUUUCAACCAUCUCCUCUGAUUCCAAUUCAAUCCAUAUCGCCAUAGGAGAGAAGAUACCCGAUUGUCUUGCUUACAUGUCGUCCUUCUUCUUCUGCAUGAUAUUUUCCUUUACACUGUCAUGGAGGCUUACGUUGGCAGCUAUUCCUUUCACCAUCAUGUUCAUUGUCCCAGGACUUGGAUUUGGGACGCUUAUGAUGAAUGUGGGGAUGAAAAUGAUUGAAUCUUAUGGGGUUGCUGGUGGGAUCGUAGAACAAGCAAUUUCUUCAAUAAGAACUGUAUAUUCAUAUGUUGGAGAGCGUCAAACACUCGAUAGGUUCAGCCAGGCGCUUCAAAAAACCAUGGAUUUGGGAAUAAAGCAAGGUUUAGCAAGGGGAUUGAUGAUGGGAAGCAUGGGAGUUAUCUAUGUUAGUUGGGCCUUUCAAGCUUGGAUAGGGUCUGUUCUGGUUACUAAAAAGGGGGAAAAGGGUGGUGACAUUUUUGUAGCUGGAUUCAAUGUCCUCAUGGGAGGAUUGAAUAUUUUGACUGCACUGCCAAAUCUCACCUUCAUCACAGAGGCAAAGGUGGCUGCUACUAGGAUUACAGAGAUGAUUGAUCGGCUUCCAGCCAUAGACUCUGAAGACAAGAAGGGGAAGGCUCUAUCAUAUGUGAGAGGAGAACUUGAAUUCAAAGGCAUAUAUUUUAGUUACCCAUCAAGGCCUGAUACACCAAUCCUACAAGCCUUAAAUCUUAGAAUUCCGGCUGCCAAAACUGUAGGUCUUGUCGGUGGCAGUGGCUCUGGCAAGUCCACCAUUAUUUCAUUGCUUCAAAGAUUUUAUGAUCCUAUUGAAGGUGAAAUUUUGUUGGAUGGGUACAAGAUAAAGAAACUUCAUCUUAAGUGGUUGAGAUCACAAAUGGGACUGGUUAAUCAAGAACCAAUCCUCUUUGCAACAUCGAUUAAGGAGAAUAUACUAUUUGGGAAGGAAGGAGCAUCAGAGGAAGAUUUAGAAGGAGCAGCAAAGGCUGCAAAUGCACAUGACUUCAUUUCUAAAUUACCAGAUGGAUAUGAAACUCAAGUUGGGCAAUUUGGAGUUCAAUUGUCUGGAGGGCAAAAGCAAAGAAUAGCCAUAGCGAGGGCUUUAAUAAGAGAUCCUAAAAUCUUGCUGCUUGAUGAAGCUACAAGUGCUCUGGACGCAGUAUCUGAAAGAACUGUACAAGAGGCCAUUGAUCAGGCAUCAGUGGGAAGAACAACAAUCGUCAUUGCCCACCGCCUCAGCACAAUAAGAAUGGCUAAUCUGAUUGUAGUUCUUCAAUCAGGGAAAGUAAUUGAAUCAGGUUCACAUGAUGAGCUUAUGCAAAUGAAUGGUGGACUGGGUGGAGAGUACUUUCAAAUGGUGCAGUUGCAGCAAUCAACAAUGCAAAAUGAAGUCUCAGUUGAUUACGAUUACCAAGUAGAUGCAAGAAGCCACUACAACAAUGCUGAUGGAAGAAUUCAUUAUAGGAUGGGUGUUCCACCAAGUCCAAUAAGUGUGAGAUCAAGUGCACCAAGCACCCCAAGGAUGCAUCCAUUUAGCCCGGCUUUCUCCAUGAGCACGCCUUACUCUGUCCAAUUUGAAGCCUCUUAUGAAAGUGAUGAUGAUAAUCUGAAGCAACCAUUUUAUUCUCCUCCUUCGCAGUUUCGUUUGCUAAAAAUGAAUAAACCUGAGUUGGGUAAUGCCUUGCUUGGAUGUAUAGGCGCCAUAGGAUCUGGAGCUGUCCAACCCAUAAACGCCUACUGUGUGGGAGCCCUUAUAUCAGUUUACUUCAAAGAUAAAAAAACCUCCGUUACAUCUGAUGCCAGAACCUAUUCUUUCAUUUUCUUAGGCCUUGGACUUUUCAACUUCUUUACCAGUCUCCUCCAACAUUACAAUUUUUCAAUCAUGGGAGAAAAGUUAACCAGAAGGGUAAGGGAGAAACUUCUUGAAAAAUUAAUGACUUUCGAGGUUGGAUGGUUUGAUGAAGAUGAGAACACAAGUGCUGCCAUUUGUGCAAGGUUAUCGACUGAAGCUAACAUGGUUCGAUCCCUUGUUGGGGACCGUAUGUCAUUGCUGGCUCAAGCAUUCUUUGGGGCUACAUUUGCUUAUGCACUAGGUCUUGUACUCACAUGGAAGCUAGCCCUUGUAAUGAUUGCGGCACAACCUUUACUCAUUGGAAGUUUUUAUGCCAGGAGUGUCUUGUUGAAAAGUAUGUCUGAAAAAACCCGAAAAGCACAGAAGGAAGGAAGCCAACUUGCAAGUGAAGCUGUCAUUAACCACAGAACUAUAACUGCCUUCUCAUCUCAGAAGAGAAUAUUGGGGCUUUUCCGAGGCACCUUGGAAGGCCCUAGGAAGGAGAGUAUUAAACAAUCUUGGUUUUCGGGAAUUGGCCUGUUUAGCUCCCAAUUCUUGGGAGCAGCUUCUACAGCUUUAGCAUACUGGUAUGGAGGGAGAUUAUUGGCACAAGGGCAAAUAACUCCUAGGCACCUCUUUCAAGCAUUCUUGGUUUUGCUCUUUACUGCUUAUACCAUUGCUGAGGCAGGAAGCAUGACCAAAGAUUUAUCUAGAGGAAGCAAUGCUGUCAGGUCAGUGUUUUCAAUCCUAGAUAGGAAUACUGAAAUCAAUCCGGAUAGCUCAAGGGGGUUUGAUACGAAGAAAAGCUCAGUUAAAGGCCGCGUGGAGCUGAAAAAUGUUGUCUUUGCAUAUCCAUCAAGACCUAAUCAGUUAAUCUUUAAGGGCCUGAGCCUUAAAAUUGCAGCAGGAAGUUCAGUAGCAUUAGUAGGGCAGAGUGGUUCUGGCAAAUCUACCAUUAUUGGGCUUAUUGAGAGAUUUUAUGACCCAUUGAAGGGAUCUGUAUAUAUAGAUGAACGGGACAUAAAGGAUUAUAAUUUGAGAAGCCUGAGGACACAUAUUGCAUUAGUUAGUCAGGAGCCAACCCUCUUUGCAGGAACCAUCCACGAAAACAUCGCCUACGGGAAAAAGAAUGCCAAGGAAUCUGAGAUAAGGAAUGCUGCAAUGCUUGCAAAUGCCCACGAAUUUAUAAGUGGAAUGAAAGACGGCUAUGGUACUUACUGCGGAGAAAGAGGGGUUCAGCUGUCAGGAGGUCAGAAACAGAGAAUAGCACUAGCUCGUGCAAUACUGAAGAACCCAUCGAUACUUCUAUUGGACGAGGCAACGAGUGCUCUUGAUAGUGUAUCAGAGAACUUAGUUCAAGAAGCACUUGAGAAGAUGAUGAAUGGUCGGACAUGCAUUGUUGUAGCUCACCGACUAUCCACAAUUCAGAAAUCGAAUUCCAUUGCAGUGAUCAAGGAUGGAAAAGUUGUGGAGCAGGGGUCACAUUCUGAGCUACUUUCGUUGGGACGCAAUGGAGCAUACCAUUCUCUUGUAAAACUGCAGGGAAACGGUUCUCCUUACCGAUAA